ACAGAUCCAUGAAAAACUCAUUAAUCCUUUACCAAUAUUGAUUAAAAAAAAUCCAGCUAGCUUCUUGAAUAAUGGCAGUAUCCACUUUCAUUAUGAUCAUGUUCAUUAUUCUGUUCAUGAUUUCAUGGCCACAAGCUGUAGCUGAAGAUAGUGAAGCACAAGCUUUGUUAAAAUGGAAACAUAGCUUUGACAACCAAAGCCAGUCUCUCUUGUCAACUUGGAAAAAUACCACAAAUACAUGCACAAAAUGGAAAGGAAUUUUUUGUGACAACUCGAAAUCCAUUUCUACCAUAAACCUUGAAAAUUUUGGACUAAAAGGUACACUUCACUCUCUCACUUUUUCUUCAUUCUCAAAUCUCCAAACACUAAACAUUUACAAUAACUACUUUUAUGGAACCAUUCCCCCACAAAUUGGUAACAUCUCAAAAAUAAAUACAUUGAAUUUUUCUCUAAAUCCUAUUGAUGGUUCCAUCCCUCAAGAAAUGUUCACAUUAAAAAGUUUACAAAAUAUUGAUUUUUCCUUUUGUAAACUAAGUGGAGCAAUUCCUAAUUCCAUAGGAAAUUUAUCCAACCUAUUGUAUCUAGAUUUAGGAGGCAACAAUUUCGUUGGCACUCCUAUUCCUCCUGAGAUUGGAAAAUUGAACAAAUUAUGGUUUCUAUCAAUUCAAAAAUGUAACCUUAUUGGUUCUAUUCCAAAAGAAAUUGGGUUUUUGACAAACCUUACUCUUAUUGAUUUGUCAAACAACAUUCUUUCUGGUGUUAUUCCUGAAACCAUAGGGAACAUGAGCAAAUUAAAUAAACUCUACCUUGCUAAAAACACCAAGUUGUAUGGACCAAUUCCUCACUCCUUGUGGAACAUGUCUAGCUUGACCUUGAUCUACCUUUUUAACAUGAGUCUUUCUGGUUCAAUCCCUGAAUCUGUCGAAAACUUGAUUAAUGUGAAUGAGCUUGCACUUGAUCGCAAUCGCCUUUCUGGAACCAUUCCUUCCACAAUUGGAAACUUGAAAAACCUCCAAUAUUUGUUUUUAGGAAUGAAUCGUCUGUCAGGAUCAAUUCCUGCCACUAUAGGAAAUUUGAUCAAUUUGGAUUCCUUUAGUGUCCAAGAAAACAAUCUCACAGGAACUAUUCCAACUACAAUUGGAAAUUUGAAUCGGCUCACUGUCUUUGAAGUAGCUGCCAAUAAACUUCAUGGUAGAAUUCCAAAUGGACUUUAUAACAUAACCAAUUGGUUUUCCUUUAUUGUGUCCAAAAAUGAUUUUGUUGGCCAUUUGCCGUCUCAAAUAUGCUCUGGUGGAUUGUUAACGUUAUUAAAUGCUGAUCACAACCGUUUCACCGGUCCUAUACCAACAAGUUUGAAAAACUGUUCUAGCAUUGAAAGAAUCAGGCUGGAGGUGAAUCAAAUAGAAGGUGAUAUAGCACAAGAUUUUGGUGUGUAUCCAAAUUUGCGAUACUUUGAUGUCAGUGAUAAUAAACUUCAUGGACACAUUUCACCAAACUGGGGAAAGAGUCUUAAUCUUGAUACUUUCCAGAUAUCCAACAAUAAUAUUUCUGGGGUUAUACCAUUAGAACUUAUUGGUUUAACCAAGCUAGGUAGGCUUCAUCUUUCUUCAAAUCAAUUUACUGGGAAACUUCCAAAAGAAUUAGGAGGCAUGAAAUCAUUAUUUGAUCUCAAGCUUAGUAACAAUCAUUUUACAGAUAGCAUCCCAACAGAAUUUGGAUUGCUACAAAGACUUGAAGUGUUGGAUCUCGGAGGAAAUGAGUUAAGUGGCAUGAUACCGAAUGAAGUCGCAGAGCUACCAAAGUUACGAAUGUUGAAUUUGAGCAGAAACAAAAUUGAAGGAAGUAUUCCUUCUCUGUUUCGUUCAUCUCUUGCUUCACUUGAUCUUAGUGGAAAUCGUUUGAAUGGAAAGAUACCAGAAAUUCUUGGAUUCUUGGGUCAGUUGUCAAUGUUGAAUCUCUCACAUAAUAUGCUUUCAGGCACCAUUCCUUCAUUUUCUAGUAUGAGUUUGGAUUUUGUUAACAUAUCAGACAAUCAGUUAGAAGGGCCGCUUCCGGACAAUCCAGCUUUUCUUCAUGCUCCGUUUGAAUCAUUCAAAAAUAACAAAGACUUGUGUGGAAAUUUCAAAGGCUUGGAUCCUUGUGGAAGUCGAAAGAGCAAAAAUGUCCUCCGAUCGGUAUUAAUUGCUUUAGGAGCUCUAAUUUUAGUAUUGUUUGGUGUUGGAAUUUCGAUGUAUACUUUGGGUCGAAGAAAAAAAUCAAAUGAAAAAAACCAAACUGAAGAACAAACACAAAGGGGAGUACUAUUUUCCAUUUGGAGUCAUGAUGGGAAAAUGAUGUUUGAAAAUAUCAUUGAAGCUACUGAGAAUUUUGAUGACAAAUAUCUCAUUGGAGUUGGAAGUCAAGGAAAUGUUUACAAGGCAGAGUUAUCUUCAGGUAUGGUUGUUGCUGUGAAGAAGCUACAUAUAAUAACAGAUGAAGAAAUCUCACAUUUCAGUUCGAAGUCUUUUAUGAGUGAGAUUGAAACCUUGUCAGGAAUCAGACACAGGAACAUCAUAAAGCUUCAUGGAUUUUGCUCACAUUCUAAAUUCUCAUUUUUGGUUUACAAGUUCUUGGAAGGAGGAAGCUUAGGUCAAAUGCUAAACAGUGAUACACAAGCCACUGCAUUUGAUUGGGAAAAGAGGGUGAAUGUUGUUAAAGGUGUGGCCAAUGCUUUGUCCUACUUGCAUCAUGAUUGUUCUCCUCCUAUUAUUCAUCGUGAUAUAUCAAGCAAGAAUGUCCUUCUUAAUCUUGACUAUGAAGCUCAAGUCUCCGACUUUGGAACGGCUAAGUUUCUAAAGCCAGGUUUACUUAGUUGGACCCAAUUUGCAGGCACUUUUGGGUAUGCAGCUCCAGAGUUGGCUCAAACAAUGGAGGUGAAUGAGAAAUGUGAUGUAUACAGUUUUGGAGUACUUGCUUUGGAAAUCAUAGUAGGAAAGCAUCCUGGAGAUCUCAUUUCAUUAUUUUUAUCACAAUCUACAAGGCUAAUGGCUAAUAAUAUGUUGUUGAUAGAUGUUUUAGAUCAAAGACCUCAACAUGUUAUGAAACCAGUUGAUGAGGAGGUUAUCUUGAUUGCAAGGUUGGCAUUUGCUUGCUUGAAUCAAAAUCCACGUUCUCGACCAACCAUGGAUCAAGUAUCUAAAAUGCUUGCAAUAGGAAAAUCACCUUUGGUGGGAAUGCAACUUCACAUGAUCAGACUAGGGCAACUUAACUAACUCAAUAUAAUAACUUAUUGUACUACUUGCUCCAUCCCAAAAUGACCCCAAAAUCAAUGAUCCUUUUCAAUAUCUUUCACAUUUGUAACAAAAAAAAAAAAAUCACUUUGCAUUUAUAAUGAAGGCAUGUAUAUGAUAACAGUACUUUAUUAAUAUUCUUGUUAUUUCUCUUUUAUUUAUA